AAGCUUGAAGCUUGAAGCUUGGUGAUUCUUCAAGCUUGAAGCUUGAAGCUUGGUGAUUCUUCAAGCUCCAUUUCUGGGUUUUGGAUUCAGUGAUUCUUCAAGCUCGGUGAUUCUUCAACUCUUCACUCUUCCUUCACCACAAUCACUCUUCCAUCACUGUGUGUGGUAUGGAGACUGGAGAGACCCAUAACCAUGUGGGUCGAAAAGUUCUCAGAAGAAGAAGGGAUCGGUGAUGUACUGCUGUACUGGUGACUGGUUUGUGGCCCAAUGUCAAACUCGGUUACAAGCCUAACCGUACCGAACCGACCGAUUAAAUCGGUAUACCGACUUCUCGGUAUACCGGAUUUUGUGGCCGGUAGUGGUAUAGUUUUUUGCAUACCAGUAUAAGUUGGUACGGUACAUGGUAUCAGCUCGUAAGCUUCGGUACCGAACCGAACCCAGCCCUAGCAGGUGUAUUGAAGUCGAGCAACAAUCAUUGCUCCAUUUCAAGAAAAGUCUUGUAUUUGAUUCUUCCAAAUCCUCCAAGCUUAUCACAUGGAAUUCGAGUACCGACUGCUGUUCUUGGCUUGGUGUAACUUGCAGCACUAAUGGGAGUGUUGUUUGUAUUGACAUCAGUAGCGAGUCUUUCUCAUCAUUCUCACGCAGCAUUGACAAUUCCAGCAGUCUGUUCCAAAUUCAACAUCUUCAGAGCCUCAAUUUAGCCUAUAACUACUUCAAUGGCUCAUCAAUUCCAUCUGCAAUCGAAAAGCUUACAGAAUUGAGCAAUGCGACUGAGGAUCACAUAACCUCAGACACAGAGGUCUUCAUCACCCACCUGGAAAUUCGAAGUAGUUUCAUUCCAAUCACCCUGUCGUUUUGUCCUAACUGCCAGUCUCAAUUUCAACCUCUGAUCGCUGGAGAUUAAGCCUCAUUUCUCCUUCUCCCAAUUCCAAACCGCCGGCCCCACUGCCUCCCAGGUCUGCGUCUUCCAUGUUCUCGACAGAACGACACCCUUCACCUCCACCCUCAUUCGCCCCGUCCUCCACCUUCGUCGCCCAUCCAAACGU